CUCUCUCUCUAUCUCCACUUUCUUUCUUUCCCGUUCAUUCUUGGCUUAAUCCCUUUAAAUCACGAGAUCCCCAUCUACUGCCCUUUUUUUUUUUUUUUUCCUUCUUCCCGUCCUCGUCCCUCCCCUGCCCUCUCCUCUCUCUCUCUCUAAAAUCUCUACAUUCAUGUAUUCUUCACAACCUCUCUUCUAUUGUACCCUUUUGCUGUUGCAUCUUCCAUUCUUGUAGUUUUUAUUAUAAGCAUUCAUGUGAGAGAGAGAGUAACUUCAAUUACUCUGAAUCAAAAUCUCUCUCUAUAUACACACAUAAACACACACAUAUAUACAUAUCUAUAUAUAUUUUGAGUUAUACUGUAAAUACGGUGUAAUGUCGCAUCCUGGGAAGUCAUUACAUGAAAUGGGUCUUGAUUCGCUGCCCGAUCGGUUCCAAGACUCCUUCGGUUUGGACCACAACAAGCCCGAUUUCAAAGAACUCGAUCUGGGUUCUCCAAUUUCACCCUUAAUCACUCGCGCUGAUUCAGAUGGUGGUGGUGGCGCCACCACCACCGCUAACACCAGUAGUAGUUCAAGCUCAUUUACUUCGGUGUCAAAUCACACCCCACGCGUUCAGAGAUCCAUUAGAAACCCAACCAAUCACUCCGGAGAGCUCGAAACCAGCCGAUCUGUGGCCACAACUCGCAAUUCCAAACCGGGUCAUCGAAGAUCAAACUCCACUGGACCUCCAUUAAUCUAUUCAGGUUCUGGAAGCCUCUAUAACAACAACAACAGCAGUAGUAGUGGUAGUAGCACCACCAAUAGUGGUGGUAGUUGUGGAGGAGGUAGUGCAGGUUCAGUCUCAUCUCCCAACACAACCAUAUAUCCAAUCGGCAACAUUUGCCCUUCUGGGAAGAUUUUAAAAUCAAAUAUGGCUUCCCGGAGUUCCAAUCGUGCUGAAACCUUGAGUUCAGGCACAGGUCAUUACGGCAUUGGAAGCAUAGUUCGUGGUGGUGGAAAAGUUGAAGCUAAUGUGAGUGGGAAUACAGCAUUUGCCGGAGAAUCUGCAAUGGUGAAGAGGGCUAUGUCGAGUUCGGAUCCGGAAGAGGUGAAAAAGGCCGGCAACGAGUUGUAUAGAAGUGGCCAUAUUGUGGAGGCCUUAUCGCUGUACAACCGAGCUAUUGCCAUAUCGCCGGACAAUGCAGCAUACAGGAGUAACCGGGCAGCGGCGUUGACAAUGCUUGGGAGGUUGGGGGAGGCGGUGAGGGAGUGUGAGGAGGCUGUAAGGUUGGACCCUGGGUAUGUCAGGUCUCACCAGAGGUUGGCCUCUCUUUAUAUCAGGUUAGGACAGGUUGAAAAUGCCCGUCACCACCUUUGUUUUCAUGGGCAACAGCCUGACACAACAGAGCUUCAGAAAUUGCAUUCAUUGGAGAAGCAUCUUAAUCGUUGUUCAGAUGCUCGAAAGAUUGGCGAUUGGAAAAGUGCCCUAAAGGAAUGUGAUGCAGCUAUUGUUGCUGGAGCAGAGUCUUCUCCUCAGAUCAUUGCUGGUAAAGCAGAAGCCUUUUUGAAGCUCCAGCAACUUGAAGAUGCAGACUCUAGCAUGUCAAACAUUCCCAAAUUAGACCCUUAUCCUCCUUCCUGCUCACAGACCAAGUUCUUUGGCAUGCAUUCUGAAGCUUUUGUUCUCUAUGUCCGAGCCCAGGUUGACAUGGCUUUUGGAAGGUUUGAGAAUGCUGUCGCUGCAGCAGAGAAGGCUGGGCUGAUCGAUUAUAGUAACAUUGAAGUUGCUAUGUUGCUAAAUAAUGUGAAAUCGGUCACAAGAGCUCGUGCUCGCGGUAAAGAUCUUUUUGAUUCCGGACGAUUUGCAGAAGCUUGCACAGCUUAUGGUGAAGGCCUAAAGUACAAUUUAUCAAACUCUGUCCUUUAUUGCAAUAGAGGAGUUUGUUGGUCUAAACUUGGAUUGUGGGAGCAUUCUGUUGAGGACUGCAACCAAGCCCUCAAGAUCCAACCAAAUUACACAAAAGCCCUUCUCCGCAGGGCUGCUUCAAAUGCAAAGCUUGAAAGAUGGGUGGAAGCUGUGAGAGAUUAUGAGGCCCUGAGGAGGUAUCUUCCCGGGGACAAUGAGGUUGCAGAAUCUUUGCACCAUGCACAAGUUGCAUUAAAGAAAUUCCGAGGGGCUGAAGUUCAUAGUAUGAAAUUUGGUAGUGCAAUGGUGGAAGUUACUGGUCUUGAUCAGUUUAAAGCUGCAAUAUCUUCACCUGGUGUUUCACUUGUUCAUUUCAUGAUGGCAUCCAACCAACAGUGUGAACAGAUAUCUCCAUUUGUAGAUUUGCUCUGUGCUCGAUACCCAUCUGUUAACUUCCUCAAGGUGAACGUGGAGCAGAGCGCAGCAAUAGCAAAAGCAGAAAGUGUUAGCCUAGUUCCAACAUUCAACAUCUACAAGAACGGCGACAAGGUGAAGGAGAUCAUUUCUCCUCGCCAUCAGGAUUUAGAGUCCUUGCUGAGGCAGCAGAGUCUGUAGAGCGAAGACCGUUUUGUUUCUUCUUUGCGGGACAAAAAACCCAAUCUUCUUUACAUCUGGUAGUUCCCAAUAUUUCAUUGAUUCAUACAAGGAUGACAAAUUUUAUCUGUGAUAUAAUCAACUACAUAAUUAUUUCAGUCUCAUGCAGGGAACCCUCGGAGAAUGGUACAUUUGUAGUUUAAUUUAUUUAAUUCUUGCCAUUUUUAAUCCA